AUGGCGCCGUCUAUAAAGCUCAGCACCAUGGCUGCUACAAGCCUCCAUCGAGCCCAUGGCAAUUCCAUCCUCCUCCGCGGCCCCCGUCUCUGGGCUCCCCGACUCUCCUCCAUCCACGCGACACCCACCAUCGCCAACCUAAGAGCUUCCUUUUCCACCUCUCCCGCACUUCUAUACGGUCCCAAUAGCAGUAGCAGCUCCAAAGAGGAUGCCGCGAAAUCCCUUACAUCCGCCGUACCCAAGGCCACCGGUCGAGGCCCCGUCGAUCCCCUCGCCGCCAUCGAUAAAACCGCGCAGGAACAGCGCAAGGCCGACUGGGCUAUCAUGAAGGAAAUGUCCAAAUACCUGUGGCCCAAGGGCAGCUGGGGCGACAAGGCGCGAGUAGUGCUGGCUAUCAGCUUGCUGGUUGGUGGCAAGGUGCUUAACGUCCAAGUACCCUUUUACUUCCGCGAGAUCGUCGACUCGCUCAACAUCGACUUUUCUACAACGGGUGGAUCGGUCACAGCCGUAGCGGGCGCUAUGAUCCUGGGUUAUGGAGCGGCGAGGAUAGGCGCUGUGGUUUCGCAGGAACUGAGGAAUGCCGUCUUCGCGUCGGUUGCGCAAAAGGCGAUUCGCAAGGUCGCCAAGAACACAUUUGGACAUCUGCUGAAUCUGGAUCUGAGCUUCCACCUGUCCAAGCAGACGGGCGGGUUGACCAGGGCUAUCGACCGUGGUACCAAGGGCAUCAGCUUCCUGUUGACCAGCAUGGUGUUCCACAUUGUGCCUACGGCUUUGGAGAUCUCCAUGGUGUGCGGUAUUUUGACCUACAACUUUGGCUGGGAGUUUGCGGCCCUGACGGCCCUGACUAUGGUCAGCUACACGGCGUUUACCAUUCUCACGACGGCGUGGCGCACAAAGUUCCGUCGCCAGGCUAAUGCCGCGGAUAACAAGGCGUCUACAGUGGCUGUUGACUCCCUGAUUAACUACGAAGCCGUCAAGUACUUCAACAACGAAGCCUACGAGGUCGGCCGCUACGAUAAGGCCCUGACCCAGUACGAGAAGAACAGCAUCAAGGUCGCCACUUCUCUGGCGUUCCUCAACUCGGGCCAAAACAUCAUCUUCUCCACCGCCCUGACGGUCAUGAUGUACAUGGGCGCCCACGGCGUGUCGACGGGUAAGCUGACAGUCGGCGAUCUGGUGCUGAUCAACCAGCUCGUCUUCCAGCUUUCCGUGCCCUUGAACUUCCUCGGUUCCGUCUACCGCGAACUUCGCCAGUCGCUUCUAGACAUGGAAACCCUCUUCAACCUGCAAAAAGUCAACGUGACCAUCAAGGAACAACCCGACGCUAAGCCUUUGUCUCUGACCCGCGGCGGCGGCGAGAUCAAGUUCCAAAACGUCACCUUCGGGUAUCACCCCGAGUCUCCCAUCCUGCGGGAUCUAUCCCUGACCAUCCCGGCCGGUAAGAAGGUCGCCAUCGUCGGCCCCUCCGGCUGCGGCAAGUCCACGCUUCUCCGCCUCUUGUUUCGGUCCUACGACGUGCAAAAGGGCACAAUCUCCAUCGACAACCAAGACAUCCGCUCUGUCACACUUGACUCUCUCCGCCGCAGCAUUGGCGUUGUCCCGCAAGAUACUCCCUUAUUCAACGAUACAGUCGAGCACAACAUCCGCUACGGCAACCUCUCCGCUUCUCCCGAGCAAGUAAUCGAAGCCGCCAAGCGGGCGCACAUCCACGAGAAAAUCGUGUCAUGGCGCGACGGCUACCAGACGAAAGUCGGUGAACGGGGCCUCAUGAUUUCCGGCGGUGAGAAACAGCGUCUUGCCGUGUCUCGACUCAUCCUGAAAGAUCCCCCCCUGUUGUUCUUCGACGAGGCUACGAGUGCAUUGGAUACACAUACUGAGCAGGCUUUGAUGGAAAAUAUCAAUAAUAUUUUGAGAGGGCUGGGUAAAGAAGGAGAAGAGAAAAAGACGAGCUUGUUCGUGGCGCAUCGGUUAAGGACAAUUUAUGAUGCUGAUUUGAUUAUUGUUUUGAAGGAGGGGACGGUGGUGGAGCAGGGGACGCAUAGGGAGUUGAUGGACGCUAACGGGGUGUAUGCGCAGUUGUGGAGGGCGCAGGAGAUGUUGAUGACGGAGGGGGGGAAGUAA